CCUCAAAGUCUCUCUCUCUCUCUCUCUCGCUCUGCUCUCUCAAGUCUUAGCUGUUCCUCACUGUAGCCCCUUGGCCCCCCUUCAGUACUCUCUCUUCUUCUUCGUAUAUAACAUCACAAACACCAAAUCCAAAGUUUCUCUCUUUGAGGCUUAUCCUCUCCUUCAGGACUCUCUCUCUGGCUCUUCUAUUGACUUCGUCGGCAGCUGAAAAAUGCCUGCUUGGUGGCCGGUGAGAAAGUCCUGCAAGAACAAAGAACAAAACCCAGUUAGCGCCCACCUCAAUCCCUCCAAAUCGUCAGUCAAGAAUGACAGACUCAAGGCCAAGGACAAGGAAAAGCCCAACAGCUUCGACGAGGUCGUCUUGCGGAAUUCGCCGCGUACCAGCAAGGAUUUCGGCGGCUCCUCUGGCUUUUCGGGUUGCGAUUCCGAUGGCGGCGACAGGGUAGGCCAUCCGCUGCCUCUGCCGUCGAUUCUGUCCGGGAACGAUUCUAACAACAGCGUCGUGGUCGGCUUGGGAUCUGGAUCCGGCUCGGUUUCGAGUGUGAGCUCAUCUGGGUCAUCGGAGGAUCAGCCGGUUGCUCAGGAACAUGGUCAAGUCGGUCAGUUCAGAGGACUUGGUGAUUCCAAGAUCAACAUGAGGCCAAGAAGCCCCGGACCAAGCUCGAAGGGCCCCUCAAGCCCCACAUCACCUCUUCAUCUGCGGUGCGCCUUGAAUUCGGAGUCUCCAACGGGAAAGCAAGAAGACGGGAAGAGUCAAUGUCAUCGCUUGCCUCUUCCUCCAGGUUCUCCUACUAGCCCUUCCGCCUUGCCCAACACAAGAACAAGUGGAGUAAUUGAAAACACAACUUCUACACAGUCCAAUUGGAAGAAAGGAAGGCUUCUAGGAAGAGGGACUUUUGGGCAUGUAUACCUCGGAUUUAAUAGUGGAAGUGGGCAAAUGUGUGCAAUAAAAGAAGUCAGGGUUGCUUCUGAUGAUCAUACUUCAAGAGAAUGUCUCAAGCAACUGAACCAGGAGAUAAAUUUGCUUAGUCAGCUGUCACAUCCAAACAUUGUUCGAUACUAUGGGAGUGAAUUGGGUGAGGAAACGCUCUCAGUUUAUUUGGAAUUUGUAUCUGGUGGCUCAAUUCACAAAUUACUUCAAGAAUAUGGUUCCUUUAAGGAACCUGUUAUUCAAAAUUAUACCAGGCAGAUUAUUUCUGGGCUUGCCUACUUACAUGGAAGGCAUACAGUGCACAGGGACAUCAAAGGGGCAAACAUCUUAGUAGAUCCUAAUGGUGAAAUCAAGUUGGCAGACUUUGGCAUGGCUAAACAUAUAACAGCUUGUUCCUCAAUGCUUUCUUUCAAGGGAAGUCCUUAUUGGAUGGCGCCUGAGGUUGUAAUGAAUACAAAUGGCUACAGUCUUGCUGUUGAUAUUUGGAGUUUGGGAUGUACAAUUCUUGAAAUGGCAACGUCCAAACCACCAUGGAGCCAGUAUGAGGGGGUGGCUGCCAUAUUCAAAAUCGGUAACAGCAAAGAUACUCCUGAAAUUCCUGAAAGGCUUUCAAAUGAUGCAAAGAGUUUUAUAAAGCUAUGCUUGCAGCGAGACCCAUCAGCACGGCCUACAGCCUUACAACUACUAGAUCACCCUUUUAUUCGAGACCAGGCAACGACUAGAGUAGCAAACAUAAAUGUGACCAAGGAUGCCUUCCCGUACAUGUUUGAUGGAAGCCGCACACCGCCAGUGUUAGAACUCCAUUCAAAUAGAUCAAAGAUGACUUUGAGUGAUAGAAAUUAUGCAACAAUGCCAGUUUUUGCCACUUCAGGAACUUUGAAAAGCCCAAGGGAUAGCAUAAGAGCGAUUACAUCUUUACCUGUAUCUCCCUGUUCAAGUCCAUUACGACACUAUGGACCUGCACACAAGAGCGGUUUGCUAUCUCCUCCUCACCCGGCAUUUGCAAUGAUGGGACAAAGUGGCUAUAAUUCAAACGACUACUCGUCAUAUACAACGAUGAGAACAAGCCCAUCGUACACUUUUGAUCCUUGGCGGGAGACCUCUCCAUACAGAGCCCAUACCCCCCCUGGUGGCUCACCAAGAACAAGACCCAUUUGAUUAUGUAAAUACCAACAAAAUCAGAAAAUCUUUCCUAGUCUCUACGGAAUGCUUCAUGACUGAAUUUGGGAGGAUAUAGUAUAUUCAUGCCCCCUAUAUCUUUCAGACAGUUAGGCAGUUACUAUUUUGCUUACCUCUUUCUAGGAGUGACUGGAUUCUUUUUGUAUGGGGGGAGCUUUGGAGGGGAGCAAUAAGAGCAGCAAGUUUUUUCUUUUUUUUGGCAAGUAGAGCACCAAAACUUCAGUGCAUGGGGGCAGGUGCUGGAUUUCAUGAUCUUGUAACAAUCUGUUGAUUGUUGUAAAUGGAAGGUGGUUCCUGUGUUUGUAACAUUUCUAUUGUAUAUUAGUUCACUGUAUAAGAUUAUUGGUUAAUACCACCAGUGUAAGCAAGACAUACUUGUUUAUAGCUACACUGAAAGCUAAAGCUAGGCUUUUUGAAA